UCCACACACAAACCACCGGGGAAGCGCUGCUGCUAGGAUGGGACGCGACCAGUCCUGAGCUGAAAGGUACUACUGUUUAUUCUGAGGAAUGGGGCGAAGCUGGUCGUGUCCACAGACAUUCACGAGCCUAGUUAAAAGCGAACGCUGCAACGUCGCAUCGAUUGCCGGUGAGGUCACUGUGGCACAAAGCAAAGCGACCUGCGCGGACACGCAGCGGAAAUUCCUUUACAUUACGGCGGCUGUGUUCGCGCUCUGAUUAAAACGGGAUACUGCUUAAAUUCGGAUGCUCUUUUCCUGUCGAAUCUGAUCGUUUAUCGGAAGGCUUGCGCUGAUGGAUCGUGGAUAAGUAGUUAUUGAUGAAGCUAGUGGGACAACAGCACCUUAACCCACCGGAGGAAACCGAGACUGCGUGCAUAACGAUAGACCUGAUUACUCUUCGUAUUUAAAACAAUACAUCAAGUCCAGACAUCGGCACAGUUUAAGAUUCAGGUCAUGGAAAGCUUUACCUCAAACUGUUGAAUGGAAGUCAUGCACCAGAGGACACGCACGGUUUAAAUGCUUCCAGCAGCCAUACAGAAUGCAGUUUCUGAGCAGAUGCAUGGUUGUUCCUACAAAGAACUCUGAAGUGAAAUCAUGGCUUUGGUCCUCUCUAUGAAUCCCUUUUGUGAACCUGAGGCCGAAGCCCCACCACCAAUCUACCAGCCGAUCUGGGAGUCUGAGCACUGCAGCAAAAGCUGUGUCUCAACCCUCUCAUCAGCAGGGGGCGACACCCAAAGGCUCAUAGAAGAGCCCCAUCACAGACGAGCCCCUAAUCAUGUGAUUGAUCGUGUGGCUGUAUCAAGGAUCUCUUAUUUUAAGAGGAAGUUUGUUGAGAAUGAAGAAUCCAUUCUGAGCUUCAGGAGUUACUGUCACACUCAGGUGUCACCCAUGCUGGAGGAGCGUGCUCACAUUCUCCGUCUUUCUCUUGAGAAGCUACGUUUCAUGGAUGACCCUGAAUCCUUCUUACGGCGCUCUGUGCUCAUCAACAACCUCCUCCGGCGCCUCAGGAACGAAAUUAUCCAGAGUGACUGGUGCUUCACAUCGGGCCCCAUGGCCACACCCUGCCCUCUCCAAACCCCAGCCACAAACAUUCCUCUCCCCCCUCCUGCCCUGCAGCCCUGCAUGACACCACCAGGACCCCACCGCAAACGCUUGCGUCUGCUGAGGAGGGAGGUGUCGGAGUGCGUCCCUGCAUGCUGCUGUUUAUACGCAGCUGGCCGCUACCUCCAGUUACCCCUGCCUAUGGAUGAACGGGAUUUAUACUCCAACUCCAACCCUUCUUCAUCAUCUUCAUCAUCAUCAUCGGUUAGAUUUCCACAGCUGGUAGAUCAGGAAGAGGAGGACAGUGAAGAGGAAGAGGAGUUGGACUCUGUUUGUCCUAUGAUGGCUCGGUGUCAAGCCGAAACCAGAGAGCAUAACAGAACGUGGGAGGGUCUAAGGGCGCAGAGUCACAGGGAUAAGAAGACCUUGGUGAAAGAGAGAGAGAAAGGGAAAGAGAAAGUUGGAGAGAGGGUUAGAGGAGGGGAGGUUACAUUAGGAGUUUCACAGCAAUGGCUUUCAGAUGCUAUAGGUACUGGACACCAGGGAGCCCUAGCGAGGUCUCACAUGAGGGGGAAAUAACAACCGAACACUUACUGUGGAAUCAAAGUAAGAAACUGGUUUCCAACAGUCUUAUAGAUCUGUUAUCAAGACUAGAAUAUCAAUGGAAUCCCUGCAGAAAAGAUCAGCAUGGCUUGUCACAAACAUAUUGUGUUUUGGAUGCUGGAAUGCUGGUUUGCCCACCAGGCUUCUUAACAAGCUUAACCAGCAAGACCUAGAUAAAUCAACUUCAGAAACACCAUCUUUUCCAUCAUUGGGCCAAAUGGUUGUGAGCACAGUGAGUAAUGUUUUCUGUAGCAUUUCCACUUGAGCAUGGUUCAGUGUAGUUUGAUUACAAAAUGUUCUGGGCUUGGAAAUCACAGACCGGUUAGCUAUCGUUACUCAGGAUAGAGAACCAUUCUGGUGGAAUGCCUGUAGUGAUGUGCCGAUUUACGUUUGGCCACUUGCACAGUCAGUCCAUUUUGAUCCUGAUUUCACAGCACAACAGUGGAAAAAGAAACCGCAACUAUUCCAAAGAACCUGGAUCGUAUGGAAUGGCUUGAUUCUGCAAUGAGAACCGUUCGGCCCGAUGAUGGAAAAUAGCUAUUGUGCUGGUCUAGGUUUUUCUGGUGAAAAGCAUGACAAUGCUGGUCCACCAACUAGACUAGCUUUAGACCACACUAACCAGCAUAAACAAGUAUGCACCAGCAUGGAAAUUCAUGCUGGCCUAGGAUGGUCUUUUCAGAGAAGGUGGUAAGAAACCUAUCAAUGUUUUUUUAUUUUUUUAUUUCUACAUACUUUUUUUACUUCCGACUGCUCAAUACAACACAAUACAAGGGACAGCAAAUUCACAGAUAGCUCGUCCCUUACGAAAAUUACCAUACUGUGCCUUAAAUGUUCUUGUGUUUAAUCUGUUUGCUGUGUUUGUGUAUAUUUGUGAGUGAACCAGUUUAAUCCACAGUUAUUAUGUUUGGUAAAAAAGGAAGGGAGCAAAAGAUAGGGGAGACAGAAAGAGAUACAAAUUUAGACAUUUUUUAAAGUUUGUAACAUUUUGUUUUUAAGUUCUUUUGUUAACAUUGUAGGCACAUGAGAAAUGCAUGACAUGGGUUGCUGACGAUUAGUGAUCGACCAAUAUGAGUUUUUUAAUGGCCGAUGCCGAUAUCCAGAUAGCAGGGUGGCCUAUAAGCCGAUACAAUGCCAAUAUAGCACACAAUUUAAUAAAGUAAAUAACAUACAUAAAAUUGCUAAAAAAAAAUUAUAAACUCUUAUUUAGCACUAUAUUUAAUCAAUUUCAGACUAAACUUUAACUUUGUAAAAUAUUAUCUAAAAAUGUAUAUUGUAUUUUAAAUGGUAGAUUUCUGUUCAGUAAUACAAUUUUGGUAAUUUAUUUGAACAUGAAGAAAUUGUUAAUAUAUUAGGAAAAACGAAGUAACAGUACAUACAGUAGUCCAGCAACCAUGGAUGGCAUGUCCACAUAAGCGAUUGCAUUUUCUCAAAAAAUACAGAACCAAAACAAUUGUUAAUACAGUGCAUAGUGAAUACGAAAUGUACACACAGAGUGUUUUUACCUUGAAGUUUCACUUGUGCAGAUCUAGCAUGAACAGCAAUUUCCUGACAUUCUAAAUGGCCUGGAUCACCUGCUUGGAUUGUCAUGGACUGGCUUUCAUGAUUUGUGAAUCAGAGGACCUUUUUAUCCUGAUCCAGAAGUUUUUGGUGGUUGGUGGAAUACGCGCUUUAGAGGAAGAUAUUAUAUGAGGGCUCAAUGGGAAAAUAACACAGGAUUUUCGUGAGGUUUGCAAAAAACAUCUUUUUAAACAAGAUAUUUGCAUAUUUGCAGAUGGUAUAUGAUAUUAGUUUUAUUAAAAUUUUGAUCAAUUUGCCUUUUUAUCAUUAGACAAGACAGAUAAAAGUUACAGGGAACUGUUGAGGAGAGAGGGAGAAUCAAAAAGGAGAGCGCUUUAACAUUAAUAGCUCAAAUGCGUUUGUCGCGGCUCUGAUAUGUGGACUGCUUAAAUGAUACUGCAUCGCACACCGGUCUGUUAUUGUAUUAACACGAUGGCACGUACCAACAAAACAAACCAUGACUGGUCGUUUAUAUGUCUCAGUCGCUUCACAUGCAAGCAGGCGAUUCUCAGCGCCCUCAAGAAGCAAAUCGGCCAAAGGGGAAAAUUUCUCGAUGCCGAUAAUUGAAAAAUUCGGAAUAUCAGCUGAUUUAUCGGCCUCUGUGAUAUAUCGGUCGACCAUUACUGACAAUCCCAAAUCUUGUUUGCAUGCAGUGGAUUUUACCAUGGAUGCUUGAGGCCCUGAAAGUGGCCUUAAUGUUUAAAACAUUCCUAAUCUUUUUAGCACCCUAAAAGGAUUUUGACAUUCAAAAGACAAAACCUCCUAAUCGAUUCCAUGCUAACUGACAGUAUCACAGACAAACACCUCAAAAUAAAGAAAUUUUAGUCUGUUAUCUUGAGAUCCCUACUGAUUUAAUUCAUUGUUGGCAUGGAACAAAUGAGAGCAUUCUCGUUCCACAUCAAAGCUGUUUUUGUUUUCAUGCACUUUUUUUAUAUUAGUUGUUUAUGCAUUUUCUCUGGAGUAUUUUGUAAAAUAGCUUUUACUUAUAAUAGAUAAAGGGAGACCCUCGGACACAAGUAGAACAUAUACAAGCACCAGUGUUGGAAAGGAAUGAAGCAGAGACAGUUUGCUUGAAAUCUUAAACAUUGUUCAUUUCGGAUGUGUGUGUUAUUUUUGUGAAAUGUGUUACGAAUAAAGGAAUGAUCAUUCCCAGCUCACAAUG